AUGUCCAGACGAAGUAGAGGAACGGCGAACGCCAGAGCGAGCACCGAAAGAUCGGACAAGGACAUGUUCGAAGAUGGGCCAACUGUUAAUUUUGAAGAAAUGUUGGAGGGGAUGAAUGACAUCAAUCGCGAUCUCGGUGAACGGUUACGACGACAUUUACAGUUCUUUUUUAUGGAUCCUCUCGAAAAGUGGAAGGUACGCCGGCAGUUUCCAUACAAGUUGGCUCUUCAAGUGCUAAAAAUCGUAUUCGUAACUUUUCAACUAAUCUUGUUCGCCGAAAUGAGGAUGUCUCAUGUGGACUUCAUGGAAGACACAAAUGUUGUCAUGCGACACAAAUUCCUGAAGCUAGAUCUUUCACAACUCGGUAUGGAAGACCUAGCUAAAGCGUUGACUUCAGCAAUUCUUGAAGCACCCAACUACGUUGAUGUGGACCUAUUUUGCUUAAUAUAA